CCAUCACGACCCCAACUCGUCCUCAAUCGCGGCCACCCGCCGACCCAGCGACGACAGCGCAGGGAAGAAGGGAGGACGCGACGCGACACGAGCGCGAGAGGAAAGCGGAGGAGAUCGAGGAGAAACUCCAUUUCCCCCCCCCUCGCCUUCUCCGAUUUCCCUCGCGUGGAAUCCCCUUGGACUCCUCCCCCUCCCGCCGCCGCGCGAGCCGGGCACGGCGAGCGGCGCCGCCCUGCCCCCGCCGAUCUGCUCUGCCUUCUCCUCAGGGGCUUGCACCGAGGAGGAGGAGGAGGAGAGAGCUGAGCAGAACAAGCUAGAUUCUCAAGGAAGGGCGCCAUGAAGAAAGUAUUCGAUCAAACAGUCCGGGACCUAAAAAGAGAGGUGAACAAGAAGGUCCUCAAGGUGCCUGGUAUAGAACAAAAGAUUCUUGAUGCCACAAGCAACGAGCCAUGGGGCCCACAUGGAUCACUCUUGGCAGAAAUCGCCCAAGCAACACAAAAUUACCAUGAGUACCAGAUGGUCAUGAAUGUUGUGUGGAAGAGGAUCAAUGACACUGGUAAAAAUUGGCGGCAUGUUUAUAAGGGAUUGAUUGUCCUGGAUUACUUGGUUGCUCAUGGUACAGAGCGAGUUAUUGAUGACAUAAGGGAACAUUCUUAUCAGAUAUCGACACUAGCUGAUUUCCAGUAUAUCGAUUCGAGUGGGAGAGAUCAAGGUAGCAAUGUACGGCGGAAAUCCCAGAGCCUUGUUAGUUUAGUUAAUGACAAAGAGAGGAUACAGGAAGUUAGGCAGAAAGCACUUGCUACCAGGGACAAAUACCGGAGUGCAUUCGCCACCAGUGGAACACACAGGAGCCCAGGUGGCUAUGACAAUGACCGCUAUGAAGGAAGCUAUGGCAGUAGGUAUGAUAACAGAAAUGGCUACGGGGGAGAAAGAGAGUAUGGAUAUAGGGAUGAUGACAGAUAUGGUGUUGCUGGAACUACUCCCAAUCGGGAAGGAGAUCGUUAUUCUAGGGAUUCUAAUGAGCAGCGCUACAGCAGAGAUAGAGAAGAUGAGUACAAAGGAAGUCAUAGCAACCAUGAAUAUGCAGAAGGAUCAGGUCGCAGGAGCUAUGGACGAGAUAGGGAUUCAUAUGGGGAUGAUGAAGCUUAUUCAUCCCGUGGCCGGCAAAGCAAUGCUGACGGACCUACUCAGGAUGAGAGGCCCAUGGAGCGGAAGCCUUCUAACCAGCAGAUUGCUUCACCACCGCCAAACUAUGAAGAUGUCACAAGAGAUACACAGGAUAAUAAUCAUGAUGGACGAAAUGGAGGGACUGUGCCUGUGCCAGUUGCUGCAGCAAAGGUGUCUUCACCUCCAAGAACAAGUGUACCCCCAGGUCAGGUGAAUGGUGUACAUGAUAAUACUGUGGAAGACGUACCUGCACCACCACCUACUCAUCCUGAAGUUAAUGGGUUUGACGAGUUUGAUCCUCGUGGAUCAGUACCAGAUACCUCACCUCCAGUGAACCCCUCACAAGCCGUGAAUAGCUUGGAAAUGGAUUUAUUCGGACCAGAUCCUAUUAAUUCGUUGGCUUUGGUAUCUGUGCCUCAGCCAACUGCCAGCCCAAAUGUUGAGCCAUCAGCAAAUCCAGGAUUUGAGAGUAACAGUUUUAUGGGCAUGCCACCGGCUUCUACUGGAUUCAAUGAGGCCUUUGAUGCAACUAAUCCUUUUGGGGAUCCUACGCCUUUCAAGGCUGUUCAUGAAGAAACUCCUGCAGUUUCUCAGACAAAUGCUGCACCUGCUGGUUCUUUCCAUGCUACUGAACCUGCUGCAGAUGCAAAUCCUUUCCAGCCUGCUUCAGCAGCAAGCUUUGGUUUUGGAGACACUCUUGGCGACCUCUCUUUUGGAUCGAAUGCUGCACCCGGGCAGCAAGAUAUUUUUGUGCCCACCUCAUCACAUUCAGAGGUACCACCUGCAAACCCAUCUGUGCACCCUGAACAGGCAGUCCCAUCUUAUGUCUCCUCCCAGGCACCUCAGCCUGCAGCUGCUGGUCCACAAACUCAUGCUGCUCCCGCUUCAUUUGCUUCUCAAGCACCUCCCACUUCAUUUGCUUCUCAAGCACCUCAAGCAGGGGCACCCUAUCCUCAGGCUGCCUCCACAUUUCCUCAUUCACAAGCAUCUCAUCCUGCAGCCACUAAUCCAUCUACAAUCCCUCAGAAUGUUGCCACACCAUUUGCUCCUUUACAAAUGCCUCAACCUGUACCAUCAGGCCAAUCAAACUAUUUUAUGCAACCAGUUCCAGGGACUGGCAUUAAUGGCAUGUCUGGGGCUCCUUCACAGAAUGGAGCACCAUCCUACAUCCCUUCACAGGCUUCUCAAUUUGCAGCUCCAACAAAUCUACAGCCCUCUCAGCCAACCUUCCCCCCACAAACUGCCAUGGCAGCUUCACAGGCAACAUCAAUUUCUCGAGGGGCAUCUCAGCCUCUUGCAGUGCCGAAUUCAAUGCCUUCUGGUGUGAACUUUCCAUUACAAUCAAGUUCAUCAGCUCCCCCUGAAACAAUCCUUUCAGCCUUGCAAGUUAGUCAGUCUGAGCCAGUGAAGAAAUUUGAGUCCAAAUCUACAGUUUGGGCUGAUACAUUGAGCCGAGGUUUAGUCAAUCUGGACAUCUCUGGACCAAAGGCUAAUCCGCACGCUGAUAUUGGAGUUGACUUCGAUUCAAUCAAUCGCAAGGAGAAAAGGCAAGAAAAGAAAGUCUCUCAAGCUCCUGUGGUAUCUACGAUCACUAUGGGCAAAGCCAUGGGAACUGGCUCCGGCAUCGGUCGGGCAGGUGCGAGUGCCAUGGCACCUCCAGCCAACCCAAUGGGUGCAAGCAGGGGCAUUGGCAUGGGUAUGGGCGCUGCUGGUUCCGGUUACGGUGGUGGAAUGGGAAUGAACCGGCCAAUGGGCAUGGGAAUGGGAAUGAACCAACAAAUGGGUAUGGGAAUGGGGAUGAACCAACAGGCCAUGGGAAUGGGGAUGAACCAACAGGCCAUGGGAAUGGGGAUGAACCAACAACCAAUGGGAAUGAACAUGGGCAUGGGGAUGAACCAGGGUAUGGGAAUGAACAUGCGGCCUCCUAUGGGAAUGGGUCCAGGUAGUGGAUAUAAUCCAAUGGGUACCGGAUACGGAGGGCAGCAACCAUAUGGUGGGUACAGGUGAGAUUAUACUGUACAAUGCGAUACUCAGUGAGGGGUUGAGAAACAGUUUAGGAGGCGUUUGGAUUUUGGUCACCUGGAUUUUCUUUAUGUAUGGUUUCUUUUGUUUUGGGUGGGGGGGGGGGGUUAUAAUUUUUCAUCACUAUUCUUUUCCUAUCCAUGUUGGAUAUUGUAUCUACUAAAUAUAUGACAUGUGAACGGGGGCAAUGCUACAACUACUGUGUUGUGUUGGAUGCAAAGCCUUAAUACUAUAAUCAUCAAUGUAGCUGUAUAAUUCUCUAUAGGAUGUUUUUUUUUCAGUAAACAUUGUGAUUGUUUCAGCGUUCUUGCUGGCUUGACAAUAAAAAGGCUGUACCAUUUUGUUCAAGCUA